AUGUUAUCAUCAUCAGUGUCAGGUCAAGAACGUAUUGAAGAUCAAAACAAGGAUAUUAUGUAUUCAACAGCUUUCCUUAAAUCGGGAAAUCCUUCGACUGCAUCAUCAAGUGCUCCUCCCGUUAACUACUACACCACCAUCCAAGAAGAAAAGGCCAAAUCCGAACAGUCAGUCGUUGAUUCAUCCAGAACUACAUCACAAGAGCCACUAUUUGCUUCAAGCAUGUCAUCGGCUCAUGAUGCACCCAUCACAUUUUCUUUCAAUUCCCCACCUAGCGAAGAACCUAUGUCAACACCGUCAUCUUCAAAGCGAGAAUCACGUCUUUUUUCAGCAUCUACCACACCACAAACACCAUCCAAGAAGAGAGUAUUUACAGAGAAGGAAAUUGAGGACUUGGAUAUGAAAUACAAGCAAGAAUUGGCCGAAAUGAUGCAAGAUGAAGAUCCAAGUCAACAUUUUAAGUCACCAUCAACUCUCUCCAAACAAGAAUCUCAUACUAAUGGUCAAUUAUCGGAAAGUGAUGAGCCAUUCUUUCUGUCACUCAAGAAUCUCCUGAGACAUGAGGAAAAGAUUGAAUCAUUAACAAAAGCGAACAGAAAAUAUCAAGAUGUGAUCAAGAAAAAGAGUGAAAAGAUUAGUCUCCUUCAACAUCAACUCUCCACAAUGGUAAAACAAAUGGAGAAGUAUGAACAGUCAUUGAGGCAACGAGUCACCUCUUCACCACCAUCGCAUUCCAUUGUAUCUCCUCCACCUCCCUCUUCGAAAUCAUCAACAGUUGCAAGCUCUCCUGCCGCCUCAUCGUCCACCGAUGCAACUGCUUCUUUGAGCGAGCCAUUACCUCCAAUUUUGGCUCCAAAACCAAAGAAGAGAAAAACCGAGAGUGACUCAUCUGCGGAAGGAAAGAGCUCAUCCUCUGAAGGAAAGAUUGUAAAAUCACGAUCGAAUGUUGUCUUUAAGGUGAAACCAUCCGAUUGUGUCAACUAUAAUGGGGCAACAUAUAUUCUUGCACGAGCGUUUGAAGAUAAAUACAAGCUUAAGAAAAUGCUGAACUCGUACCAAACACAAACCGGUGAGAAUCCUCAAUUGUUUUUACGAGAUGAAGAAUUUAAAAAGCUUAAAUCAGAGAAUCCUGAUAAUUUGAGCGUUUUUGCAUACAGAACCUCGUUGUAUACCAUGGACUUUGUUAACUUUUACAUUUCUAAUCAGUAG